UCCCCGCGCGCCGCCGCCUCCGGCUUCGACAGCUUCUUCCCGGUGCAGGAGGGCGAGGGCGCGGGCUGGGAGGGCGGUGCGGCCCUGGACGCCGGCGCCGGCCCCUUCCUCCCGGUGAGCCCCGAGGUGAUGAAGCGGCGGCGCGGGGGCCUCAUCGAGCAGCGCGACAUCAUCAAGGCCCACGAGGCGCACAAGAUGCAGAGCACCCCGCAGGCGCGGCGCAAGGAGUGGGAGAUGGCUCGCUUCGGGGAGGCGGUGGUCGGCAGGCCGGGGUCGGGCGAUGGAGACUCGGACCAGAGCAGGAACCGGCAAGGAACCCCGGUGCCGGCCUCGGGGCCGGCGGCCGCCUACAAGCAGUCGAAAGCGCAGAGGGCGCGGACUAUGGCUUUGUACAACCCCAUUCCCGUCCGGCAGAACUGUUUCACCGUCAACAGAUCCCUGUUCAUCUUCGGAGAAGAUAACAUUGUCAGGAAAUACGCCAAGAAGCUCAUCGACUGGCCGCCGUUUGAGUACAUGAUUUUGGCCACCAUCAUUGCCAACUGCAUUGUCUUGGCCCUGGAACAGCAUCUUCCUGAGGAUGACAAGACCCCGAUGUCCCGCAGACUGGAGAAGACAGAGCCGUAUUUCAUUGGGAUCUUUUGCUUUGAAGCCGGUAUCAAAAUUGUGGCCCUGGGGUUCAUCUUUCAUAAGGGCUCGUACCUCCGCAAUGGCUGGAAUGUCAUGGACUUCAUCGUGGUCCUCAGUGGCAUCCUGGCCACUGCGGGGACUCACUUCAACACACACGUGGACCUGAGGACCCUCCGGGCUGUGCGUGUCCUGAGACCCCUGAAGCUCGUGUCAGGGAUUCCUAGCCUGCAGAUCGUGUUGAAGUCUAUCAUGAAGGCCAUGGUGCCUCUUCUGCAAAUUGGUCUCCUGCUCUUCUUUGCCAUCUUGAUGUUUGCUAUCAUUGGCUUAGAGUUCUACAGUGGGAAGUUGCACCGAGCAUGUUUCACGAACAAUUCAGGUAUUCUGGAAGGAUUUGACCCCCCUCACCCAUGUGGUGUGCAGGGCUGCCCAGCUGGCUACGAAUGCCGGGACUGGAUUGGCCCCAAUGAUGGUAUCACCCAGUUUGAUAACAUCCUUUUUGCUGUGCUGACUGUCUUCCAAUGCAUCACCAUGGAAGGAUGGACCACCGUGCUGUACAAUACCAAUGAUGCCUUAGGAGCCACCUGGAACUGGCUGUACUUCAUCCCCCUCAUCAUCAUUGGAUCCUUCUUUGUUCUCAACCUAGUUCUGGGAGUGCUUUCCGGGGAGUUUGCCAAAGAGAGAGAGAGAGUGGAGAACCGGAGAGCUUUCAUGAAACUGCGGCGGCAGCAGCAGAUUGAGCGGGAGCUGAACGGGUACCGCGCCUGGAUAGACAAAGCAGAGGAAGUCAUGCUUGCUGAAGAAAAUAAAAAUGCUGGGACGUCAGCCUUAGAAGUGCUUCGAAGGGCAACCAUCAAAAGGAGCCGGACAGAGGCCAUGACUCGAGACUCCAGUGAUGAACACUGUGUCGAUAUCUCCUCUGUGGGCACACCUCUCGCCCGAGCCAGCAUCAAAAGUGCAAAGGUGGAUGGGGCCUCCUAUUUCCGGCACAAAGAAAGGCUUCUGCGCAUCUCUAUCCGCCACAUGGUGAAAUCCCAGGUGUUUUACUGGAUUGUGUUGAGCCUUGUGGCUCUCAACACUGCCUGUGUGGCCAUCGUCCAUCAUAACCAGCCCCAGUGGCUCACCCAUCUCCUCUACUAUGCAGAGUUUUUGUUUCUGGGACUGUUCCUCUUGGAGAUGUCCCUGAAGAUGUAUGGCAUGGGACCUCGACUUUAUUUUCAUUCUUCAUUCAACUGUUUUGAUUUUGGGGUCACAGUGGGCAGCAUCUUUGAAGUGGUCUGGGCAAUCUUCAGACCUGGCACAUCUUUUGGAAUCAGUGUCUUACGGGCUCUCCGGCUUCUAAGAAUAUUUAAAAUAACCAAGUAUUGGGCAUCUCUGCGAAAUUUGGUGGUCUCCUUGAUGAGUUCUAUGAAGUCUAUCAUCAGUUUGCUCUUCCUCCUCUUCCUCUUCAUCGUUGUCUUUGCUCUUCUAGGAAUGCAGCUGUUUGGAGGCAGGUUUAACUUUAAUGAUGGGACUCCUUCAGCAAACUUUGACACCUUCCCUGCAGCCAUCAUGACUGUAUUCCAGAUCCUAACAGGUGAGGACUGGAAUGAGGUGAUGUACAAUGGGAUCCGUUCCCAGGGUGGAGUUAGCUCAGGCAUGUGGUCAGCUAUCUAUUUCAUUGUGCUCACCUUGUUUGGAAACUACACACUGCUGAAUGUGUUCUUGGCCAUUGCUGUGGACAAUCUGGCCAAUGCCCAAGAGCUGACCAAGGAUGAACAAGAAGAAGAGGAGGCUUUUAACCAGAAACAUGCAUUGCAGAAGGCCAAGGAGGUCAGCCCGAUGUCUGCACCCAACAUGCCUUCUAUCGAAAGAGACAGAAGGAGAAGACACCACAUGUCGAUGUGGGAGCCACGCAGCAGCCACCUGAGGGAGCGGAGGCGCCGGCACCACAUGUCGGUGUGGGAGCAGCGCACCAGCCAGCUGAGAAGGCACAUGCAGAUGUCCAGCCAGGAGGCCCUCAAUAAAGAGGAGGCCCCACCGAUGAACCCCCUCAACCCCCUCAACCCGCUGAGCCCCCUCAACCCGCUCAACGCCCACCCCAGCCUCUACCGGAGACCCAGGCCUAUUGAGGGUCUAGGCCUGGGCCUGGAGAAGUGUGAGGAGGAGCGCAUCAUCAGCCGCGGGGGGUCCCUCAAGGGGGAUGGAGGGGACCUGUCGAGUGCCCUGGACAACCAGAGGAGCCCUUUGUCCCUGGGCAAACGGGAGCCACCAUGGCUGGCCAGGCCCUGUCAUGGGAACUGUGAUCCGACCCAGCAGGAGGCUGGGGGAGGGGAGACCGUGGUGACCUUCGAGGACCGGGCCAGGCACAGGCAGAGCCAGCGGCGCAGCCGGCACCGUCGUGUCAGGACGGAAGGCAAGGAGCUCUCCUCCACCUCCCGGAGCAGGUCUGUCAGCCAGGAGCGGAGUCUGGAUGAGGGGGUGCUCACCGACGGGGAGAAGGAGCGAGAGCCCAGGGGCGGCCAUGCAGGCAAAGAACCCACCAUCCAGGAAGAAGACAGAGGCCAAGACUUAAGGAGGACGAACAGUCUGAUGGUGGCCAGAGGCUCUGGGCUGGCAGGAGCCCUCGAUGAAGCCAACACACCCCUAGUCCUGCCCCACCACGAUCCGGAAGUGGGGAAGGACAUGGUGCUGACGGAGCAGGAGCCGGAGGGCAGCAGCGAGCAGGCCCUGCUGGGGGAUGUGCAGUUGGACAUUGGCAGGGUCAUCAGCCAGAGUGAGCCUGACCUCUCCUGCGUCACAGCCAACACAGACAAGGCCACCACCGACAGCACCAGCGUCACCGUCGCCAUCCCUGAUGUGGGCCCCUUGAUGGACUCAACUGUGAUUCACAUUAGCAACAAAACUGAUGGAGAAGCCAGUCCCUUGAAGGAGGCUGAGAUCAAAGAGGAGGAGGAGGAAAUGGAGAAGAAGCAGCAGAAGAAGGAGAAGCGUGAGACGGGCAAAGCCAUGGUGCCCCACAGCUCUAUGUUCAUCUUCAGCACCACCAACCCGAUUCGCAGGGCCUGCCACUACAUUGUGAACCUGCGCUACUUUGAGAUGUGCAUUCUCCUGGUGAUCGCCGCCAGCAGCAUUGCCCUGGCAGCUGAGGACCCCGUCCUGACCAACUCGGAGCGCAACAAAGUCCUGAGGUAUUUUGACUAUGUUUUCACUGGCGUGUUCACCUUUGAGAUGGUUAUAAAGAUGAUAGACCAGGGCUUGAUCCUGCAGGAUGGGUCCUACUUCCGAGACCUGUGGAACAUCCUGGACUUUGUGGUGGUGGUUGGCGCAUUGGUGGCCUUUGCUUUGGCAACAAACAAGGGGCGAGACAUCAAGACCAUCAAAUCCCUGAGGGUGCUCCGAGUUCUGAGGCCACUGAAGACCAUCAAGCGCUUGCCCAAACUCAAGGCUGUCUUUGACUGUGUGGUGACCUCCUUGAAGAAUGUCUUCAAUAUACUCAUCGUCUAUAAGCUCUUCAUGUUCAUCUUUGCUGUCAUUGCGGUUCAGCUCUUCAAGGGAAAAUUCUUUUAUUGCACAGACAGUUCCAAGGACACAGAGAAGGAGUGCAUAGGCAACUACGUAGAUCAUGAAAAAAACAAGAUGGAGGUGAAAGGCCGGGAAUGGAAGCGCCAUGAAUUCCACUACGACAACAUUAUCUGGGCCCUGCUGACCCUCUUCACCGUCUCCACGGGGGAAGGAUGGCCUCAAGUCUUACAGCAUUCUGUCGAUGUGACAGAGGAAGACCGAGGACCAAGCCGCAGCAACCGCAUGGAGAUGUCCAUCUUCUAUGUGGUCUACUUUGUGGUCUUCCCUUUCUUCUUUGUCAAUAUCUUUGUGGCUCUGAUCAUCAUCACCUUCCAGGAACAAGGGGACAAGAUGAUGGAGGAAUGCAGCCUGGAGAAGAACGAGAGGGCGUGCAUUGACUUCGCCAUCAGUGCCAAACCUCUCACCCGCUACAUGCCACAGAACAGGCACACCUUCCAGUACCGCGUCUGGCACUUCGUGGUGUCUCCGUCCUUUGAGUACACCAUCAUGGCCAUGAUCGCCCUGAACACCGUCGUGCUGAUGAUGAAGUACUACUCUGCUCCCUGUACCUAUGAACUGGCCCUGAAGUACCUGAAUAUUGCCUUCACCAUGGUGUUUUCCCUGGAAUGUGUCCUAAAGAUCAUCGCUUUUGGCUUCUUGAACUACUUUCGAGACACCUGGAACAUCUUUGACUUCAUCACUGUGAUUGGCAGUAUCACAGAAAUCAUACUGACAGACAGCAAGCUGGUAAACACCAGUGGUUUCAACAUGAGCUUUCUGAAGCUCUUCCGCGCUGCCCGCCUCAUCAAGCUUCUGCGACAGGGCUACACCAUCCGUAUUUUACUCUGGACCUUCGUGCAGUCCUUUAAGGCCCUCCCCUACGUCUGCCUUUUGAUUGCCAUGCUUUUCUUCAUCUAUGCCAUCAUUGGGAUGCAGGUAUUUGGAAACAUAAAAUUAGAUGAGGAGAGUCACAUCAACCGGCACAACAACUUCCGGAGUUUCUUUGGGUCCCUCAUGUUACUCUUCAGGAGUGCCACGGGAGAGGCCUGGCAGGAGAUAAUGCUGUCGUGCCUCGGGGAGAAAGGCUGCGAGCCCGACACCACUGCGCCGUCGGGGCAGAACGAGAAUGAGCGCUGUGGCACCGAUCUGGCCUAUGUUUACUUUGUCUCCUUCAUCUUCUUCUGCUCUUUCUUGAUGCUCAACUUGUUUGUGGCCGUCAUCAUGGACAACUUCGAGUACCUGACUCGGGACUCCUCCAUCUUAGGGCCCCACCACUUGGAUGAGUUUGUCCGCGUCUGGGCGGAGUAUGACCGAGCUGCAUGUGGCCGCAUCCAUUAUACUGAGAUGUAUGAAAUGCUGACUCUCAUGUCACCACCGCUAGGCCUCGGCAAGAGAUGUCCCUCCAAAGUGGCAUAUAAGAGGUUGGUCCUAAUGAACAUGCCAGUAGCUGAGGACAUGACAGUCCACUUCACCUCCACACUGAUGGCUCUGAUCCGGACAGCCCUGGACAUCAAAAUCGCCAAAGGUGGUGCAGACAGGCAGCAGCUAGACUCGGAGCUGCAAAAGGAGACCCUGGCCAUCUGGCCUCACCUGUCCCAGAAGAUGCUAGACCUGCUUGUGCCCAUGCCCAAAGCCUCUGACCUGACUGUGGGCAAAAUCUAUGCAGCAAUGAUGAUCAUGGACUACUAUAAACAGAGUAAGGUGAAGAAACAGAGGCAGCAGCUGGAGGAACAGAAAAACGCACCCAUGUUCCAGCGAAUGGAGCCCUCAUCUCUGCCUCAGGAGAUCAUUGCUAAUGCCAAAGCCCUGCCCUAUCUCCAGCAGGACCCCGUUUCAGGCCUGAGUGGCCGUAGUGGAUACCCUUCGAUGAGUCCACUCUCCCCCCAGGAAAUAUUCCAAUUGGCUUGUAUGGAUCCAGCCGAUGAUGGACAGUUCCAGGAACAGCAGUCUCUGGAGCCAGAGGUUAGUGAAUUAAAAAGCGUGCAGUCCUCUAACCAUGGCAUCUACCUUCCUUCGGACACCCAGGAGCAUACGGGAUCUGGGAGGGCAUCUUCUAUGCCACGCCUGACUGUGGAUCCCCAGGUGGUGACAGAUACUAGCUCCAUGAGACGUUCAUUUUCCACUAUUCGGGAUAAGCGUUCAAAUUCCUCCUGGUUGGAGGAAUUCUCCAUGGAGAGAAGCAGUGAAAAUACCUACAAGUCACGUCGUCGGAGUUACCACUCCUCCCUAAGACUGUCAGCUCAUCGCCUGAAUUCUGACUCAGGCCACAAGUCUGACACCCACCGCUCAGGGGGCAGAGAGCGGGGACGGUCGAAAGAGCGAAAGCAUCUUCUCUCUCCUGAUGUCUCCCGCUGCAACUCAGAGGAGCGAGGGACCCAGGCCGACUGGGAGUCCCCAGAGCGCCAACAGUCCAGGUCUCCCAGUGAGGCCAGGUCACAGACCCCCAACAGACAGGGCACGGGCUCCCUGAGCGAGAGCUCCAUCCCCUCCAUCUCUGACACCAGCACCCCAAGACGAAGUCGCCGGCAGCUGCCACCCGUCCCACCAAAGCCUCGGCCCCUCCUCUCCUACAGCUCCCUGAUUCGACACUCCGGGAGCAUCUCCCCGCCGGCCGACGGAAGCGAGAGGGGCUCCCCGCUGACCCCACAGGCGCUGGAGAGCACGGAGGCCGGCCUGGCGGAGCCCUCGGGCCCCCGGCACGGGCACGGCCACGGGCACGGGCAGCAGAGCCAGCACUGCUCCCCGCAGCGCUACAUCUCCGAGCCCUACCUGGCCCUGCACGAAGACUCCCACGCGUCGGACUGUGGCGAGGAGGAGACGCUCACCUUCGAAGCCGCCGUGGCCACCAGCCUGGGCCGCUCCAACACCAUCGGCUCGGCCCCGCCGCUGCGGCACAGCUGGCAGAUGCCCAACGGGCACUAUCGGCGGCGGCGGCGCGGGGGGCCGGGGCCGGGCGUGAUGUGCGGGGCGGUCAGCGACCUCCUGAGUGACACGGAAGAAGACGACAAGUGCUAGAGGCUGCUCCCCCCUCCGAUGCAUGCUCUUCUCUCUCACACGGAGAAAACCAAGACCGAAUUGGGAAGCCAGUGCUGCCCCGGGGGGGGAGGAAGAGGGAGGAGGAAGACAGAAGGACACCGUGCAUUAUCGGACGACCGCGACGAAGGGACAACAGGAAAACCAGUGGGACCCGCCAAAUGGCUUCACUUCCCUUUGCAAGAUGGGCACUGCCAUAGUUCUGCCUCUUUGCUGGGGAAAGGAAAUACGAGAACGUGCAGGGUUACUCCCCUGGCAGAAGGGACGUGGUGAGGGGGGCCCUGCUUCCCCUUGCCCCUUCCCACCUUUCUGUAAGCCGCGGAAGGAUGGAGCUGGCCUGUCUCUCCGCCCAUCGCCCUGAAAAGCCUGCAAGACUUUCUGGCUCUUACCUGGGGAGUCGUGGAGACCACGGGAGAGGCGUCUCCUCCCUCGCCAGCUCUUGCUCCUCAGCUCCACUGCCGUCAGGGCAACCACACUAGCAUCUCAUGCAUUCCCCUCUGGCUUGCUUCCCCCCAAGAAGCACAGGCUAAGUUCAGGAGCAUCGGAUGCCACGGGGCGGAGGCCAGGAGGGAAAAGCUGAAGUGGGACAAGGGGCCGGGGGGCUGUGGCGGCAGCAGCAAGGGCUGGUCUGGGUGAGCAAAGCCAUAGUCCUGCAGCCCAGACCACGGGGAAAGGCUCCAAGAGCUGGAGAGGAUGGGUGGUGCUGGGAGGGACAGUCCUGUCUCUUUGAAGCCUGAUGCCUACUCAGUAGGUGCUGUGUUAGGAUAGGCCAGGGAGGUCCCUCAGGCUCCACCGAGGUGCCUAAGGCUCCAGGAAGGGUGAUAUUUUAAAAGCAUUUAACACCCCCCUUGGCCAGAGCACAAGCUGGCGUGAGCAGCAGUCCAGCCUUCCUGCUGGAGCCCAGUGCUCUGCCAGGCCUUAGCUCUGCAAACGCUGGUCCAAAGGGAUCCCUCGAGGGUGGGGUAAGUGUUGGGGGUGGAGAGUGCAAUUGAGGCAAAGUCUGUUUUCCAACCAGUAUAGAAGAAUGUGGAACAGCACAUAUGGCCGAAUGUCAACCUAGACUGUGGUCCAGGAGGUAGUGGCCACGAGCCAGAGGCUCAGUCUUCCCUGCCACUUCCUGAGAAGGUAGCACACACAUACCCAAGGUGGGCCAUACAUCACCUAGUAGAGGCUUCUAGAGAGGAAAGGCAGGCAGACUGAAAUGAGAAGCUUCCAUGAGAGAAUCCGUCUGAGUUUACUGAGGACCUCCUGGGAGGAGGGCCCCUUCCACAGCCAGUUGAUGUGUGAGGGUCAGUUUGUCCUGAUACUUUGAAGGUAAUUGGUAAAUAUACCUCAGCUGAGACCUGGGCGGCUCCUCCUAGCCAAGUAGGCUCUGAUGGGGCCUCAUCACACAGUGUAAUGAGAUGAGGGUCCCCAUGGCCCUGAAUAUUUUCUGGAGCUAGGAUGGGGCUUUUCCUCUCCCCAGAGUAAGAGCUGGACAGCAGACAGCCUCAGGCCACUGUGCCAUUCUUAACCCCCUAAACUCAGAAGCAUUGAGGAAAAGAGAGCCUUUCUUGGCUAAUCAGUGCUCAUCUUGUAUAGAUUGUCCGUCCAGGGAAUCACGUCACUCUGUCUCUGGUGGAGAUGUACCAUUCCCUCAACUUCCUCCCUGGUCUCACAGUGGCCAGAAGGACCUCCUGGAGAAGGAUUCCAGGCAGGGCUUUCCCUUCUCAGCCAGGAGCAGGUGGAGCUUGCCUCACAGGACCCUCCCCCGGCCUGAGGUCACAGUGGCUAGACACUCUUUUUAUCCUCCUCCAGCCAAGACAGACUCCACCUCUUGGGUAGGAGAAGUUAGUGGCUGUUAUUUUUCUUAGAAGGAGCCUCUUUUUACUUAUGAAUUUUUUCUGUUUGUUUUGGUUGAAAUAGAACUAAGGAGUAGUUGCAUCAACCCUGAAAAGCCAAAUACAACCAUGUGGCUGCAGAAUCAUUUCAUGGCCCUGCCUUCUCUUUUAGAUACCGACGGAGCUUCAUGACCCACAGCCCCCAAAUCAAAGUAGUCCCAGGGCAGGAGGCCACUGAGUCAGAACAAAAGCCUCCUCCUCUCAGACCGUGUGUCUGUUCUCACUUUCCUCUCCCACUCAGCACUUGCACGCUCCGGAGUGGCCGGCAAUGUGAACGCGAGUGUGUCACACCCUGAUCCUCACAGGUGUGCUCUUUACAUAAGACUCAGACGCUGGGCCUGGUAUUGUGCUAAAGGUUUCCUCUGCUCAGCGUCAUUUCAUGCCAAAGUGCUGCAGUGGGCUGCUUUCUGCACACAAAAUUGCUUUCUUCCACCUCAGAAAUGCAGCUUUCCCUAGGGACAGGCCUACCACAGGACCACCAUUCUGAGUCAGCAAGUCUAUUGCAUUGUGUUGGGAGAAAAGGAAUUGAAGUGAUAUCUUAGGCCAUUUCAACAGUAGGAGGAAUUUAGCCUGGCAGAGCAAUUACCAGAAAUGGGAUUUGCCUGUAAACCACAUUAUGAACACUAAAUUUACUGUGCCGGGAAACCUUCCUGGACACCUGAACUCCUUACACUCACAUACACAGAAGCACUUGAGCCGUGAAUGAAGUGGUGUGAAGCACUGCAGAUGCAUUUCCCCCGGCCAGCCGGGGUCUUGUUAGAACUAGUGAACUUAUGAACUCUGUGAUUCAAUUUCCCCUGACCAAGAAAUUGUGUUUCUUAUCCCUUAGCCUACAUUUACCUUUCUAGUAAGACCAGAAAAUAAAAGACAGUUUUCUGUUAAGUCACGGAACUCAUUAUCAUGAUCUUCUUCUGACCGCUUCCUCCCAUCUCUUCACAAAUGUGACCUCUCACCUUCCCUCUGAUAGCUGAGCAGGACAUCCUUUCCUACGUGUCAGAUUCUGCCUCUUUCUCCCUUGAAAAGAGGCCCCUUGAGAUCUCAAAAUGUGUGCUGCUAUUUGGAUUAAAAAGUAUGGCCGCAUCUCAAGAAAUGUCGAGCAAAGUGGAAACAGUUUGAGAUACUCAGGUUCAGAGGAACGUUUGGCUCUGUGUCCAGUUUCCCUUGCUAAUGUCAGCCUUUGGCAUCCCCUAAAAACAAAGAGGGAGGGAUGGAGGAAAAGAGAGGCAGAGGAAAAGGAAAACAAACCAAGGUAGAGAGACAUUCUAACUGGGCUGUGUUUAGAUACUCCUCUCUUCACUUCCAGACAGACUUCCGGUGGGGUACUCACGUGUCUCCCUCUUUCGAUCCCCAGGAGGGCAGAAUGCCAGCAGGCUUUCAGACAUAGGGGUAGAGCUCUGGGCCAAGAUGCUCUGUGAGCCAGGGUCAGGAUAGAGUUGCCUACACUGUGAAGAGAUGAGCAUCCCCCCACCCCCACCCCAUGUCAACACAAGCCAUGAACAUGACUGCCCAAUGGCAGUCUGUCCACUCUUCUGGCUGAGGAAUCUAUUUCUAUUCUGGGCUUCACUUCUCCCCACUCAGCAUCCCUACGGGGUACUAAAAUCAGGUAACGUUUUUCCGAAGCUGAAAUCCAGAUGUUCUGGGUUCUGCCCUGUUUUGACCCUGGGACCACAAAGAAGACGAUCCCACAUCCCACCAUUCAGCCAGUGUUUUCUUUCCAUACACGCUUCCAUCUCUCCUACAGCCUUUGUGAGGAGCCUCAGUGUCUCCUGCUUUCUGUGCUCCCCUCCCAGCCCUUGUUUUGCUGCAUGUUCUCAUUGACCCAACUCCUGAGAUAUUUUAAAUCCACCCAGUCCAAGCUUAUUUGCUGACCUGCCUGCCUCUGCUGGUGGGGAAUGCAUCAUUCUCAUAAAAGUAGUUGGGAAUUCACCAGAUAAUACUCACAAGGUGAUCUGAAACAGUAUAAGGUAUGGUACUAUUGGGGUGAGUGGGGGAUAUGGAAUGUCUGCAUACUCAAUGAAAGCCCACUUCAGGGAAAUUAGGUCUCUCCUGGCAUAAUGGAACAAAAUUUUAAUUAUUUUGUUUUUUUAAAGAACGUUCUCAUUUUUUCAUUACAUCCUCUUUCUAAAGCCUGCUCUGGAUGUCUUGUUUUUGGACAGGGUAUUUAUUUAGUGGGUUGAGCCACUAAAUAGGAAGGAUAAGUUGAGAUGCUUUAAUUUCUCAACCUAGCUAUAAUAAAUAUUAUGAGAUCAGAAUAAGAAAAGGUGCAUGUGUAGCAGCCAGGGAGCAGAUAGUCAUCUACUUUGCUGAGAUUUUGUGAGACAUGAAGGUUAGGGAAUUUUCACCCUAUCGUUAUCAGUUUCAUAUCUGUUAAGUUUGAGACCCUCAAAGGCCUGCUGCCAGUGUGCACAAAGAAUCAUGGUGAGGAGAGGCACUUCCAUGCGUUGGGGUAGCUCCUUCCUCAGCAGAUUCUUGCAUCCUGUCCAUUUUUCCUACCUGAAUUCCCUGGCACUGAACACUGUCCAAGAGAUUCAGGUGAAGACUUUAUAAGGCAAGAAAAAAGAGAAGUGGGCCCCCUGAAAGUGGCCAGAGUGUGAUGUUUUAAUUCCAGACAAGAACCCCGUAAGGAACCAGGUCUAGUUUUGAAUAAAUAGAUCUCCAUGUUGAAACUCUUAUUUUUACAAAAGCCAAACAGAAUUAACUCAGGACUUAGGACCUAACCUUGGCAUGGUAGGAUCAGAAGAGAUCCCAUGUAUGAGUGCUGCCUAUAUCUGCAGCUCUUUCUGACUUGUUUUUUCUUUGGUAAGCCACCCUGUAUACUGUAGCCAUUUACCCCAACAGAGCCCCAUCUGUUGGCUUCUCUGGCUCCGUAACCCUGGGCUCAGCUAAAGACUGCUGGCAUGAUCCGUUAGGCAUCAUGUGCUGUCACUCAUUCAGCCAGAAGAAUGCAGAUGUAUCACUUGGAGGGGACAGAAGACUAGGAGCAGAAAAAAAACAUCUUUGGUUUCUGAUGGCUGUCUUUUUCUUCCCUUAAAUCCUUUCUGCUUUGACCCUCUGAGGCUUAGGCAUCCCAGAGAAAGAUAAGCCAAAGAUAACAGGUUCAUAGAUUGUCCCAACCUAUCCAAAGGGCCUGGAAAGCUUCCUUUAACAAAACUCAAGCCAAUCUGAAUGAGACUCCUAGCAGAGGCAUAUGGAAGGCUAGGGUACCUCCAAACUGCCCUUCUAUUUUUGUAGUCUUCUUCUGAUCCCUUCCCUCAUGCUAAAAAGGGGGUGGGGUGGAAGGGGCCACUAGCAUCUUGACCUUAUAAAUGCAAAAAGAUUUUAUAAUAAGCCAUGCUACUAUGUAAAUACAUUAUUGAAGUUUGAAUUCUUAUUUCUGGGGGGUGCGAAAGAGUUGAGCAGAUCCAACUUUAAAAAAAUGGUAAGGGGAUCUAUGUUUAUUUUUCUUUGGGAUCUUUUUGUUUGGAUUUUUUUUUUUUUGUAACAGACCAACCCUAGAAUAGCAAUGAAGGAUAAAUGUGUGCAGUGUUUCUGAAUCACCUUCUAAUUAAUUUCUAUCAAACAAUAUAUUUGAGCCAAAAAUCUGAGGUCAUAUAGUACCAGUUCCAUCUUCUCUCUCUGGUGGUUUUUGGUUUUGUUUUUUGGUUUGGUGUAGGUUUUUUUGGUUUGUUUACUUUCUUUUGUCUUCUCCUUCUAAGUCAGCCUCUGUCUCUUGUUUCCAGGGACUUAAAAUACAACCUGAUGUAAAACAGCUUGAGAACUUCAGUGAAAGCCAAGUAAAUAAUAGAAUGGAUAUAGAUUUUUUUUUCAGGAUGUCUUUAACCAAUAAACAAAAAGUUUAUAUCCUGAGAAGAUAAAAUUUUUAAGAGUGUGGUAAUCUGGUAACUGAAAAUUAUUGGGAGUCAAAAAUAAUUCUAGCCCAGCCUUCUGUACUUGUGCCUUCAGCAAGGUAUUGCAUCUGCGUGCUUUAUUUCCCUCAUUAGGAAAUUGAAAUACUAAUGCUUGGCUAAUUCAUAGGUGUGUCAAGUGUUUGUAAGUAAAUUAAUAUCGCAUUAUAUAAAGUACUUAGUCUCCACAAAUCAACUUAGAAAAAUCUUCUCUCCUUAUAUACCACUAAGGACCUAUGAAAUUCUUGGCAUUGCUAUAAGCAUUCCAUUUUUUGGAAGAAACUUCAUGUUUAAUGGAACCAGAAUCCCAGAUUUGCUUUAAUUUCACCAUCUAUUGUUCCCAUUUUCACUUCCUCCCCUUUUUAGCUCUCUAAUUAAAACAAAAACAAAAACAAAACAAAACAAAAAAACCCAAGACUUUUUUUUUUUUUUUAAUGCAGGAAAGGAGUUGAGUUUUCAUGAUCUUCUUUCUGUGGAUACUCCAGCCAGUCUUAGGUCAAAUAACCAUUCUCUAAUGCUUAGGAUCCUCAUGAAGACCUCUUCUUUUGUUCUGCCAAUUUGUCAGAGAUAAGGGAUUGCUCUCUAGAUUCUGGAACCAGACCUGAAGACUCUACUAAGUACUACCACUUCCUCCUCAGUUCACUCACAGGUGGGCCCCAAAACUGAAAGGGUACUAAAUCAAAGCUGCCAAAUCCAAAUUUGACCUUAUUUGGUGACUUAUUUUUCUUUCCAGUACUCUGAUUUCUUAUGGUGAUAACCUGUACCACACAGGAACCCACUGCUCAAAGCAAGUCUAUUAGAAAUCCGUAUAAGGGAUGAGCGGGAAAAACACAAUCCAAAAUUUCAAAGUGCCAUUAAUCAAUUAAAAAAAACUAAAGGUAAUAUGAAAUGAGGGCUAAACAAUGUAAACUAACUGCCAAUUAAAGUAUACAGUAGUUCUGGUCUUAGCUACAUUUGAUAUGGAAUUAUAUCACAUUAAGCAGAUCCCAGCAAAUUUAGUAAAAACAUAGGCAUUGAAUUUUAAUGGCUACCAAUGGGGAUAUAUACUUAGCCUGCAGGCCAAACUUCAAUCAGUGUUUUUCUAUCCUGGUGUUUUGUGAACAAGCCAAAAUUUAUACAAAGCCACCCUAAGUGCUGCAAUUGCAGAGGAACCUCCCUCUUGGUGAUAUUAGAGAACAGUCCAGCUCCACUCAAAUUGAGUCCAAAAUUUGGAACUCAUCCAGAAAAACAAACGGAGGAGAAAAAUCUAAUGCACCAAGUAUGCUUGGCAUUUGUGUAGCUGGGGCAAUGUGGGCAGAGGCUAGAAAGACAAACUAUAGAACAAAGACAAGGUUGAGGUGGAAAACAUCAGCUAGUCCCAGGAACAGAAGGUGUGUGACCUGAGAGAGUCACUUAUAUUAGAUCACUGGAAUAUUUGUUAGCAUGAUACUGGAUUCAGAGCAGUUGUUUCUGCUAAACUCACCAAAGGUAGUGGGUUUGAAGGCCUCAGAGAAUUAGUAGAGCCCUGAACAACUUUUCCAGACCUGGGAGAUGGAGAAGGGAGGUUCUUGCUUUAAAGCAGCCCAAAGACAAUCUCUGUGACUUUAGCAACUCUUCAAUAGAGUAGUGCCAACAGCAGAGAGAUUUCACUGACCUUCCUAGUGGUACAAGUGCCACAGGAGGGGAGAGGGGUGGUGAGUGGGACAGAUGCGUUUUAUCAGAAAGAGCUUUCACACUACGAAGGGUGCACCGGUACUAGCCUCACAGGAUAUCGCUGCAAAAAAGUAGACCAAUGGGUGGCUCAGGCCAUGCCCUCUGUCCUUUAGGACCCAAGGUCAGGCCGUUCCCACCUUGAUUUGCUUUUAGAGAAGGAGCCCGUACGAUGGGAUCAAGAGGGAAAUUGGGUGCUCUGCCUUAGGCUGUUAAAACGCUGCCACCUGCAUUACAAAAUUCACAUGAGUCAAGACGCUUGAGAUACUUCCUUAUGGGCAGCAUCCACUGUGGUGUGCCAGCCUGACACCCCUUCAGGAACGGUGUUUAAAUGGCAGCCAGUGCUGGCCCGCCCAGAGUAUCGGUGCAUCUUUCCUAAAGCCAGAGUUCAGCACUGCAUGUUGACCAGGUGGAUAUCCUGUAAUAUAAAUGCUCGUUUGGAUCCAAAAGGAAAAUUAUUAAAAAUAAAAGAAAGAUGAACAACUUUAAUGUUUUUGGGGGGG